CUCAGCACAACAAUCCGUGUUUUAUAACAAUUUUUUCAUAGUUUUUAGUGUUUUUUCGUUCUAGUGCUCGUGUUUUUUUACAAUGUCGUGUUGUUUCUUCCGUUCGGUGACUGUGAGUGUGUGAAUGGUGGUGAUAAUCCUCCGAAUUAAGUCAUAAAAACGCGAUGGUUUAAAUGAGCCUUGAAUAAUAUACCUACCGUAAAGUGGGGUGACAUUGAUAUCGAAAGGCGACAUUGAUCACCACUUUAUAUCUGUAUUUGGGAAUAUUUUCUGUCCCUGUGUCUCACUACAAACAUACAAAUUUGGCAACCUUGUAGAGGUGAAACGUCAGGACUUCAGAAUUUGAGUCCGCCAACCAAUUAUUAGUUAUCUAGUAGCAUGCGGCAGAGUCGUGUUUUCUGGGUACAAAAUUGGGAUAUUUCUUAUGUGCUGAAAACUUCGAGUGCAGAAAGAUGGUUCGGGACUACAAAAGAAAACCUGGUUCCAGAAACUAUAGAAAUUACAAUGAAGCGCAGCUGGAGGAAGCUCUUAGAAAAGUAGUGGAGGGAAGUAUGACCAUGAGAACAGCAAGUCAAGAGUAUAAAAUCCCAUUUGGAACGCUUAAUAAUAAAUUUCAUGGGCGCAAUGUUAAAAUGGCUGGAGGUCAAUCCAUAUUUUCCCAUGCUGAAGAAAUAGCAAUUUUAAAUGCAGUGGUAAAAUGCGCUGAUUGGGGAUUUCCAUUGUCUAUGUUAGAAUUGAGAAUGUUUGCAAAAUCUUUUUUAGAUCAAUCCGGUCGAAAAAUAAAAUGUUUUCAAAACAAUUUGCCAGGCAAGGAUUGGGUGAGAAGUUUGUUAAAAAGGCAUAAUACUAGUGUAGCACAACGUGUCUCGGCAAACAUAAACAAAGAACGAGCAAGUAUCAGUAGAGAUACUAUUAACAAAUAUUUCGAUAAUCUAAAAGAAACAGUAAAAGAUAUACCCCCUCAAAAUAUAUUUAACUACGAUGAGACCAAUGUCAACGACGAACCAGGAAAAGGAAAAGGUAUCUACAGGCGUGGCGUAAAAUAUCCCGAAAAGAUUGCUAACCAUUCCAAAAGCGCAACUACCAUCAUGGUUUGUGGAUCAGCUGAUGGUACCCUUUUACCGCCAUACAUCAUUUAUAAGAGUGAACACCUUUAUAACACGUGGCGAGAAAAUGGACCAAAGGGCUACCCAUGUUGUAAUAAAGCAUGUUGCGCUGUUGGAUGUAGAUUUAAUCGUACGUCACACGGUUGGAUGGAUUCAAGCACUUUUCAGGACUGGUUUGAAAGUAGCUUUCUACCUCAUGCUCGAAGGCUGGAAGGUAAAAAGAUUCUUAUAGGUGAUAAUCUAGCUUCCCAUUUUAGUGAAACUGUUAUUCGUCUAUGCGAAGAAAAUGAUGUCGCCUUUGUAUGCCUUGUGCCACAUUCUACACACAUUUGUCAACCACUUGACGUGUCGUUUUUUAGACCUAUGAAAACAGCAUGGAGAGCUAUUUUGACAAAUUAUAAGAUGAAACACAGUCGUCAGUCAGGCAUACCAAAAGAUGUGUUCCCGUCACUACUCAGAGAAUCGCUGGAAAAAAUGGAUUCGGUGUCUACUCAAACGAAACACAAGUCUGGAGAUGGGGAAGUUUCAGCUAUAAAACGAAAUUUAAUAAAUGGUUUUGAAGCUACGGGUAUAUAUCCCUUCAAUGCUCAAAAGGUCCUGAUAAAAAUUCCCGGUGACAACGACCCCGCCCAAGAGGUAAAUGAAGUAUUAACGCAAUUUUUAAAGGAAAAACGUUAUGGUGACGAUUCAGAACGUGCACCACGUAAAAAGAAAACUAGGUUAAUAGUAGAACCAGGAAAAAGUGUAACUGCUGACAAUGCUAGCAGCUCAGAGGACGAGGCUCAAUAUAGUCCAAUCCAUUUGUCAGAUAAUGAGAACGAUAAUACCCCCAAUGAAGAUGUGGUGGAAGAAGUUACAAACUACUUAAAACCUACAUUGGAUCUCUUAAUUCCGGAUACAUUCGUUUUAGUGAGAUACUUACAAGGAAAACGUAAAUCUAUAUGGUUUAAAUAUGUUUGCGUAGUUAAGGAGAAAUACUCUGAUAGUGAAUUUACUGUUGCGGGGCUUAAAUCAGUGAAUUCUGAUCAUAAUGUGUUUUCUCUUGUAAAGAAUGAUAUUUCUACCGUACCUAUAGAAGACAUUCUGGCCGUACUUCCCAAUCCAAUAUUUAAUAAAGAAAUGCAUUACCAGUUUCCGCAUAAAAUAGACGUUCUUGAGUUGUAAUUUAUGUUUCAUGUUUUGUUCAAAUGUUGAAAUUAUGUAUGUAUCUAUCUAGCAAAUUAAUAGUAAAACCCUUUAAUUUGUACCUAAUGUGUUUUUUUAUUAUUUUUUAUUAAAGAAAAAAAUACAUCAAUUUUGAUUGUAAACAUGACCGAUCAAUGUCGCCCCAUAUAACGUAAUUUAGCCUAACACAAAAUUAGCUUAGCCGAUUUGAAAAUGGGGCUAGAUUGAUCGGUUUGGGUAUAAAACACGUAGUUCAACGCGCUUACACAUGGUCUAUCAAAGUCGCCCCACUCAGGGUAUAACAUUGAUCACGACGGUUUUUUUAUUUUUUGGAGUCACCUUGAUACAGUAUUUUAUAUUAAUAUACUGUAUGUAUAUAAAUACCCAUUUGACAUGGUUCUGUA